AUAGCGCAUCCGAUGCGACAAUUCGCAUCUGUCUCUAGCGCACCGGCCUCGUUUUCAUGCCCCUCCUGCCGCUUCACCACUCAAUUUUGUCCGUGUUGUGGAAAGUAUCUCACGGGCUCCGCACCAAUCGAUGCUACAAAUGGUCAGUGUUUGCAUAAUUCCCAGAAAUUGAGAGGAUCACAUCAUGCGCAUCACUUGAAGACCUCUAACUCGUCACUGUUUUCUCCUUUGCUAGCAGCGGAUAAGACAGUGCGCCAAUCAGGUGAUAGGGCAAACGUGCGCGAGGCCUUUGGAGAUUCCGCGCGGGCUUUCUCCGUCGCGGACCAGGAUGUUAUUGAAUGGGCUCAGAAGCAGCUGCGACUUCCACGGCGACCCCUGUCCGCGUUUGAGGUAUUUUGUCAUGAAGCAAUCACUGGGGUAGACGAACACACCAGCGGUGGUGCAGCGAUGCCAGAUGCUCAAGUUGAUGUGUGUACUAGAAGCAGUAGCAACAUGAAUCGUGCCGAUUUAAAUCCAAGGGAGGAAGAUGUCUUGCGUCAACGCCGCAUCCUGGCUCAGAAAUGGUUCUACGCCGACCGGCAGCUCCGGGAGGAGUGCGAGAAGCGAGCCAAGGUCUGGAGCGACCUCUGGACGAAUUCUACUCAUGUUCCUGUCGCAGCGGUAGACGCAGUUGGUGCGGCCACCACAAUGCCGCCCUCGCAGCAUUCUGCGGGCUCUACAGCGCAACAUCUAUCAAACGCGAGUUCUUCCCUAUCACCAGACCCUCUCCUCGCGAAGAAUUCAGGCGAAGGGUCACACAAAGACCAGAUAUCGAGCAAGAAACGGGAUGCCAAGCUGAAUGUGUGUGUAACGAGCUAUCAAUUAUUUCGUGCAGCCAACAAAGGUAAAUUUAGUUCGCAAAUUGCCGCAGUUCAAGCAUGGAGAGCGCUUAGCCCAGGUUCGAAGGCUCCCUUCGAUAAAGCCGCCGCCGAAUUGCGGGUUCAGAGGCUUCUUCAAGUCAGUGGGGGUACCGUCAGAGGGUAGAAAGGGUGUAAGCUGAAAUGUCCCCUUACUUAGUCGAUUCCAUUCAUUUACACUUUUCUCUUCCUAUUUAUUUUUAUUAUUUCUCCUUUUUGUCUUCCUUUUUAUUGUUUUGUGCUGCUACGAGUUUGGUUGUGUUGCAAGAGGUUUAAGUAACACACCCGUCUUCCUCAUUGACACUAACAAAGCUUAGACAAACACUUCAAA